CAGGCUGUCCAUGGAGCCUGGGGAGAAGUCCGACUUCUCACGUCCGCGGAGCCCGUGGAGCCCGCGGAGCCCCCGCGAGCACGAGAUCACCCACUUCGUGGUGCCCGCGCACGCGACCCUGUCGGUGGACGUGGAGCUGUCCGCCUUCAGAUCCAGGACUCGGCUGCCCGGCAACGGCCAGCGGCCGCGCGCCGGUGACAGCGUUGUGGCGCGGCUGCGCGGUGUGCGUGCCAGGGCUGGCCCGCCCAGCGACGCGGGGCCGGGCCAGUGGAGGACGGUGGACAUGCCCUUGGCGACGCCGGAGCUGGUCCGUUUCGAGCUGGGCGGCGGCGAGGUGAUACCGGGCCUCGAGGCCGCGGUGGCCGAGAUGUCCCUCGGCGAGUGCGCCGAGGUGACGGUGGCGCCCCUGGCGGCCUACGGCGCCGAGGGCUACUUCGAGGUGGUGCGCCCGAACUCCGCGAUCCUCGCCGACGUGGAGCUGCUGGGCUUCGCCUGAGAGCCCGGGCGGGGGCUGCCCAGGGGGGGACAGGUGGGAGGAGGGCCGGUCGAGGCGCCAGCGGCGGCCUUCCCCUGUGCGUCCUCUCGCCCUGCUUGGUGUGGGCAUCCUGGAGGCUUUCGGGCGGGUGGCGACGGGGGUUGACCUGAG